UCGCGUGAAGUUGAAUUAAAAGAAGCUGCGGAAAAUCGGAUUUUAAAGAAGAAGGAGUGAAGAAAAAAAAUUGAAACUGCCGAAGAAAAGAAAAUUUUGCAAAAUUUGUUUAAAAUUUAUCAUCAUCGAUGCAGAUUAAAGGAACAACUGGAAAAUACGGAACUGAUGGGUCAUCAACAAGCACAUCAUCAGCUUCAAAAUUUAGCUCCAUAACUCCAUCAACAUAUCGACCAUCAUAUUCAUCAACAUCUGGAACUUAUAGAGCUUCUAGAGCGCCACCAGUUUCAUCAACAACAACUUCAACGCCAAAGUCUUACACGCGAACCUACACGACACUCGGAAAAAUUUCUGACGAUGAAAAAGAUAAACAGAAAUCUUACACACGAACGUACUCAAAUUUAGGAAGAAAUGAAAAUGAUAAUGAAAAGUCAUCAAAACCUUACACGAGAUCAUACACGACAUUGAGUGGAAGUAAAACGUCAGACGAUAAAGAUAAGAAAGAACCAUCACCACCUAAACGAGUUUCAUCAAGAUAUGUAACAAAAGAUUUAUCAGCUGAAACGAGAACGCGAUUAUCAAGCACUUAUGGGAAUUCUUCAGUUAAAAAGGAUGAAAAAGGUCCACCAAUAACAUUCAACACUCGCUACAAAGUUGCAUCAUCAACACGGGGACGGUCAAGAGAUCCAAGCCCAGCUACUGACAAUAAUAAUCAACCACAAACAGCACUGCAAAGAUUAUCAGCAGCUAGAGAUCGUUCACGUGAUCCAAGUCCAGCUGUGAAAGGAGUCUCAACAUAUUCAAAACUCUCGACAGGUUCGAGAUCGAGAGAUCCAAGUCCAAGCAGUUUGUCAAAAAGUUAUUCUGACAAUCUUCAAAAUAAAAAUAUUCUCAAUCGAAGUUACUCAAACAGCACAGCAAAUGGAUCAAAUGGAUAUAGCAACAGCAGUCUUCUUAAUUCACAAAACAAAGUCGAAAGAAGUUACACAUCAUCUAUAAGUACGUCAAGAAAUGCAUCGAGAGAACCAAGUCCAUCACUUUCCACAAUACGACCUUCAAUCACAUCAGCUUAUCCACGUUCACGUGAUCCAAGUCCAGUUGACAGCAAAUAUCUUUCACCUCAAUAUCGAUUGUCAAAUGGAAGAGAAAAAUCACGAGAUCCAAGCCCAUCAAUUACAACACUAACUGCAAAGCUUCGAGAGUCAAGUCCUUUGAGUGGAACAUCAAGAUAUUCAUCGUCGUCCAUCAAUCAUUCAUCAACAUCACCACAAGCGCGACCAACUGACAUUUCGAUUUCUUAUAUGACUGCAAGUGAAGCAAGUUCAAGACCGUCAAGGGCGAGUUUCAUUAAUCGAUAUUCACCUCAAAAGGACAAAUCGAUGAUUCCUUUGAAAAUUGACAAGCCGACAACACCUGAAAAUCUAAACAAAAAACAGCAGAAGAAGGAAAGCGAAAGUGAGUCAAGUUCAUCCGAAGAUAGCGACAGUGAUGAGUCUGAUGUGAAGUCAAAGAAAUCAGAACCGAAAAUAAUGAUUCAAGUGACGACAAUCACUCGUGGAACAUCCCCAACGCCAACGUCAACAGUCUCAUCUGGCAUUCGUUCUCGACGUGCUGAGGUUGCAAAAAUGAUUGAAAAGGUUCGUGAGAGGCCACUUCAAGGUCCACCAAUGUGUGAUAAAAGUACGCAAUCAGAUCGAAUGGAUGAUUCAACGCGCUAUUCACGCUUUGGAUCGACUUCGUCUUUUGCUUCUUACAGUUCAAGUCCAACAAAUUAUUCAUCUCGAUAUUCUUCAAAUCUCGGAGUUUCGAAUAAAUACAGUCGAGAGACGAGUGAAAGCAUUUCAGCAAACGAAACCGACAAAGAAGAAUCCUGUGAUAUCAGUCGAGGUUCAUCAGCUCAUAAAUCAGGCACAGAAAGUUCCGAAAGUAAAGAAAGAAGCUUACAAUCGAAAUCGAAAACUCCUGAAAGUGGCAAGAUGAGUUGGCCUCAGUCACCGCCAGCAAGAACUGAUUCAUCCAAAAGUAAUUCAUCGAAAGUAUCCAAUAAAGACUUCAGAAAGUCUGCUUUGAAUAUGGGACCAACAGAUCGCACCAGACGAUCUAAAUCAUCGUCAUCAGAGAAUUCAUCGUUGACAGUUGAAAAGACUCGAAUGCAAUUUCAACAACUUUUAAACAGUGAAAUUCAAAAAGCGCCUUCAAUCUCCAGAUCAUCAAGCACUGAAUCAGAUAGCAGCACAGAAAGUCUUGAAACGCAAUCACAAAUUGAAAGAAAGCCAUCAGAAGCACAAAAUCAUCCAACGAAAGAAGAAAUUAUUUCACAUAAAGUUGAAGAAGCGAAAUCAUUCUUAUUGAAAACUUUAGGCAAGCCAGCGAACAGCCAAUGGUUGAAUGGCACGAGAACUGAAAGUCCAUGUGCUACUGAAAGCAGUGAGAAAAGCAAAAUGUUAGAUUUAGAUUUUAGUAAUUUACAAAAAUCCAUAUCUGGCGAGAAGCCAUGGUGGAUGGAUGACAAGCAAGAGACUCAUGAUACUGAACAGAACACUGAACAACUGGAUAAUAACUUUUCCGAACUAACGAUUAAUGAAACAACAAGGGGUCAAAAUGAACAAAAUUCUACAAAGUAUUUGUGGGCGAAUGGGGAAACAAAUAGUUUAACUGAAGGUUUUCAGAAGCUUAAGCGACCGAGUUCAGAGGAGAAGCCUUGGUGGUGUCAAAGCCCUGAAAAUAAGCAAACAUCUGAUAACCAUGCUACAGCAACAAAUCUUGAUAAUGGCUUUAACAGCAAUUGGGAACAAGAAACACAAGCUGACAUUUCUGAACUUCAGCAAGAUGAUGAAAUUCGUCAAAUUAACCGAAACUUUUUAAGUCCCAUGUCGAAUGUUUAUGGCAUGAAGUCACUUGGCGAUAGAGCAAGUCCUGAGGGACUUGAAUCUCAUCUCAUGGAUAGGAAAUCAUUGCAUGAUAGCAUGAAAGGCACAAAUUAUCAUGUAGAAAAGUUGACAGAUUUUAAUGCUCGUCCUCGACUUUUCAUAUCAAAGCAUACAAACAUUGACGAUAUUUUAGGUGGAUCAUCUGUAUUCAGCUCGACUUCGUUAGAUCUCGCAUUAAUUAGUCCCGAAGCUGUCAGAAUUCAUGGCACAAAUUCACCACCAAAAAUUAUUCUGAAGCACAAAAAUGAUGAAAAUGGAAAUGAAAAAUCUGUUGAGUGUGCUUAUGAUGACAACUGUCAUCGUAAUGUUGAAGCAGAGAAUGGAAAAGGUUCAUAUUCGAGUUGCAAGACUUCUCCACUUUUACAAUCACCUCUCGGUGUCAGAGUUCAUGGAAUCAUUGAAAAACUUUUGACAUCAGAAGGAAAGGAACUGAGACGAGCUCUGUUCUCAUUGAAGCAAAUAUUUCAAGAGGAUCAAGAUCUUGUUCAUGGUUUUGUGGCUCUGGGUGGAUUAAAUUGUCUUGUGACAAUCGGUAAAGGUGCUGAUCAGAACUUUCAAAACUUCAUUCUUCGUGCUCUUGGUCAGGUGAUGUUAUAUGUUGAUGGAAUGAGUGGUGUAAUGGAACACAGUCCAACUGUACAAUGGUUAUACAUGCUAAUUGAAUCGAAAUACCGACUCGUGGUUAAAACAGCAUUGAAACUUUUACUCGUGUUUGUUGAAUAUUGCGAGGGAAAUUGUUAUCUUUUAGUAAAUGCAAUAUCAAAGGUAGAUAGUACGCGUGGAACUUUGCCAUGGUCGAGCGUAAUGAAGCUCCUAAAGGAUUACGAAAAUGCUGACACAGAGCUUUUAAUUUAUGCAACGUCAUUAAUAAACAAAACUUUAUCUGGGUUGAAUGAUCAAGAUAGUUUCUACAAUGAAACUGACUUUCUUGAAGAUCAAGGGAUGGAGAAUGUGAUUAAACGAUACACGUCACGAAUUAGCACAGACCUUGAUUUGCUCGAUCAAUUUCAAUUUUAUGAAGCAGCUUUAAGGUUUGAAGACGAUGUCUCGGAUGGAAUCGUUCGACUGAUGGAUAAUUCGAUUAGAAGAACUUUAAAGAAGCGUUCGAGUAGUUUAACACCAAAUAGGAAAUCGAGACGUUAUAAUUCAACUAUAAAUAUUCCACCACCCCCGCCACCGCCAGUGUCAUUGUAUCAAAAUGUACCUCCACCAGUUCCUUCCCUUCCAUUAAGUUACAUGCUUCAACAACAUCAUCAAACGCCUGACAAUGACAGUUCAAGUUCCGGUGGUGGUGAUCUCAAUGGGUUUGGCGACCUUAAAAUCAGAGAUGGGGGUGCUGGUGUCACUCCGGGAUUGAGAAGACGAAGAGCCGAGAGACAGAAAACCUUCCAUAAGGAUUCUGAAACUGGCAUGAAUAGCCUGAAGCAACAAGAUAGCGAUGAUGAUUGUGACACUGAUAACGAAGAUAAGAAACUUCUUCUACAAAUGAAUCGAGAACAAACUGUUAAAGAUUUAGCACAAAAGCUCAGCAAUUUACCGCUUAGUCCACAAGAAGACAAAUCAAAUCGCAUUGGUGACAUGUCAGGAUUGAUAUCAAAAGCAAAAGAAGAAUUAGAAAAGAGUAGAAACCGACCUGAUAUCAAAACAAAUGUUGAAAACGAUCUCAAAAAACCAGAAGCAAAGAAAUCUGAAAUCGAAUUGCAUUGGGAGGAAUUGGUGAAAAAUAUGGAUCGAGAUUUAACAUUAUGUGACUUGGAUUUCACUGAUCUUACGGAAGAUGAUGAGGUUAAUAUUUUGGCUGCACGAGGUGUUAAUGGUUCAGCAUCAAUUCCACCCCCACCACCACCAAAUCGUAUACUUCAGAAUCAAACUUCACCCUUGUCAAAAUCAAAUGAACAUCAGAAUGGCGAUUCACUUAGCAAUGAUUUGAAUGAACAAACCAUAAAGAAAACUAAGAAGACGGUGAAAUUGUUUUGGAAAGAGGUUCGUGAAGACAUGAUACCGUCAACAAUAGGACAAACAAUUUGGGAUGAACUUCCAAAAGCUAACGUUGACAUAAUGAAACUUGAACAUUUAUUUGAGUCCCGCGCCAAAGACUUGCUGACUAAGAAACAACAAGAACUCAAUAAAAAUAAAGAAGUUAUUGUUCUCGACCACAAACGUUCGAACGCCAUAAAUAUCGCCAUGACAAAACUUCCUCCGCCUCGUGCUAUAAAAACCGCAAUCUUGAAGAUGGAUUCAACAGUCGUGACAAGAGAAGGCAUCGAUAAAAUUCUUUAUAUGCUUCCAACUGAAGAAGAGCGAGGAAAAAUUCAAGAAGCUCAAUUACUAAGCCCUGAUUUGCCGCUUGGAAGUGCAGAACAAUUUCUUCUGACGUUAUCUUCAAUCAGUGAACUUGCAGCACGACUAAAGCUUUGGGCUUUCAAACUUGACUUUGAAAAUAUUGAAAAGGAAAUUGCUGAGCCAUUAAUGGAUCUUAAAGUCGGAAUCGAUUUAUUGAAAUCAAAUUUAACAUUUAAGUGCAUUCUUUCGCAUUUGCUGACAGUUGGUUGCUUUCUCAAUGGCCAAGUUGUGAAAGGUUUUCAAAUCGAAUAUUUAUCGAAAGUUCCUGAAGUCAAAGACACAGUUCAAAAGCAUUCUUUGCUUCAUCAUUUAUGCUGUAUGGUGAUAGAAUCAUCGCCAAGUACAACUGAUUUGUAUUCUGAAAUCGGCCCAAUAACAAGAGCAUCAAAGGCGGACUUCAGUGAAUUAGCACAUAACAUCAAAUAUUUAGAAACUGAAUGCAAAACGUCUUGGGAUCGUCUAAAGCUGAUAAGCAGACAUGAAACAUCAACGCAACUCAAGCAGAAACUUAUUGAUUUUUUGGCUGAUUGCGCUGAGAGAAUCAUAAUACUUGAUACUGUUCACCGUCGGGUCAUAAAUCGCUAUCGAAAGUUUCUUCUCUGGCUUGGCGUUUCCCCCCAUCGUAUUGCGGAGUCACGACCGAACGAAUUUUGUCGUAUUUUAUCUGAAUUUGCAUUAGAAUAUCGAACAACUCGUGAACGUGUUUAUCAGCAAAUUGAAAAUAAAACAAAUCUUCGUGAUCGACAUAAAAUGCGUGGAAAUGGAAAACUGGUUUUAAAUGUCGUUAAAACGAAAAGUGGCAUUCCUUGCAAAAUAUCUACGAAGGAAGAAGAGAAGGAUGCAGAGUUAAGGCAAUUACUUGGAACUACACCCGAUUGUGGUGGCGAAGUAAACGGAACACUCAAUUUUAGAAGACGUCGUCAGGAUAAUCUUCGCUCACCGAGUAUUUCCAAUCGUGAUGAGAAUUUUCCGAAUGGUAAUGAUGAUGGUGAGAUUAUGGAGUCGAUUGUUAAAUCAGUUUCUAAAAACACCGCUCCGAGACAAGUUCAACGAGAGAGGAAACGAUCAAGAAACGCUGAUAGAAAAGCUUUGGUCAAGCGAUCUCGCACACGAGAAGGUUUCACACCACAAAGAUCUCCAUCUCCUGGUUGAAAAUUGUUUGUCAACCAAUUUAAGUUUCAUCUAAAGAUUGAAAUUAAACUAAUUAAAAGUUCUUCUUACAACUUACUUUUAAAGUUGAACAUUUGUCUUAAUAUUUGUCAAAGAAUAUCAUGAAACGACAUGAAUUUCAAUCUCUCAUUUAACAUAAAAAAUAUUCCCUUAAUUUUGGUAUUUUUAAUAAUUUAUGCUUUUGCAUAAAACUUUCUUUCUUUCUCAUUUUUAAAAAUAUAUCUAAUUAUUCCAUAACAAACUCUUCUGGCCAGUUGUCUAUUUAAAAAAGGAAUAAAUUUAGAAAUUAUUUGAAAUUUAUUAUCAUUAAAUUUGUUAACAUCACAAAUCAUAAAACUGACCAAUCAAUGUUAAAAAUCUGACAUAAAAUGGAAAAAAUAAAUAAAAAU